UUUGUGGAGUUCCUGGGAUGGUUCGAAGAACCCGAGACUCUCUAUAUUGCAAUGGAAUAUCUUGAGGGAGGCGAUCUCACCAAGAAUAUCGGCACACCACUGCCGGAAGAAACCGUCCGAACUAUUUCAAAGCAGAUCCUCGAGGGUCUCGAAGUGAUGCAUCAACAGGGGAUGGCUCAUCGGGAUAUAAAGCCUGAGGUAUAAUACUUCUCGGGAAAGAUCUCGCUUGACAAUAUCUCCUCGGAAUACUGACCACUGCAUAGAAUAUCUUCGUAGUUUCUAUGUCUCCGGUCUGGGUCAAACUGGGAGAUUUCGGGAUAUCGAAGCGGAUCCCGGCUGAAGCUACCACCACCUUUCACACCCAAGUGUCAACGCCGGUCUACAGCGCCCCCGAGGUUCUGGGGUUGGACACCAAUAGUGAAAGCUCGGACUACACGAAUUCUGUUGACAUUUGGUCACUCGGAUGUGUGAUAUAUGAGCUAUUUGUGGGGGAGAGGUUGUUCGCCUCAGAGGGUCAAGUAUUGCGCUACUACUUGGGGAAAUGGCGUAUUCCCGAAGAAAAACUGAAAAUGUUAUCACCCCCGACAGGCGGUGUCGGAGCCCCAUUACUAAAGUCUAUGCUCUCACUACAACCAGAAGAUCGCCCAACUGCGGGGGGUGCACUGCGCCAUGCAUGGUUCAUUGGCCUUGAG